AUGAAAUAGGAUGGAGAAUUUCCUUUUAAAAAAAUGGAUUUCUUGUCAAGUGGGGCAGAAGGUUAAGUUUAUUCAAUUAAAAAUAAAUAAUCAGGUGAGAUUUUAGCAGCCAAAUAUCUUAAUUAAAAUUUAGGAGAAUCAGAACAAAAAUUAUUGGAAAAAAUUAAAUCUAGCAAAUUUAAUCACAUCAUUAAAAUAAUAGAUCUUACUAAAAAAAAUGGCUAAGAUAUUAUAAUAAUGGAGUAUGGAGAAUAGUCUUUAAAAAAAUUAAUGGAAAGUGAAAAUUAUUAAUAAUAAUCUAAAGAAUAUAAAAAUGAGUUAUUUUUAUAAGUAAGUUGGAAAUAAUAUUAAUUAGAUACUUUUGGGAGUUGAAGAGUUUCAUAGCUUAAAUUAUAUCCAUAGAGAUUUAAAACCAGAUAAUUUUAUCUGUUGUUCUGGAAAUUAAUCAAUAUAAAUAAAAUUGAUUGAUUUUGGGCUGGCAAAAGAAUAUAAAUAGAGUAAACACACUUAAGGAGUUGGAACUGAUUAUUUUAUGGCACCAGAAGUUAAAAAUGGAAUUUACUAUGACUAAUCAGCAGAUCUUUGGUCUCUUGGUGUCAUAUGGUAUUUAAUGUUAUGUGGAUAUUUAGACAUUUUUAGUACUUUAUUUCAUUAUAUAUUCAUAGAACUAACUGAAUUAACUUAAAUUUAAUUGAACCAUAAUAUUAAUAAAAAUCAAAACAUAGAUUCUAUACAAAAAUAAAUUAUAUCCAAAAUAUUACUCAUUCAGCCUUAAAAAAGAAUUAAACUUAAUGAAUUACUUUCAGAAAUUACAGUUUUAUGUUCAAAAGAGAAUAAAUUAUAAUAAUAAAAGGAAUAAAUACAAAUUGUUUAAAAAUGUGUUCCAGAUUAAAAGGAAAGUAAUAUGAAUACAAUAAAGGUUGGAGAUGAAAAAUAAGUAAAUUAAAAAGAAUAGAUUAUAAAGUUUGAAACAAUAUAUUAGGAAGGUAUUAUUUAAUAUAAAAAUAUUAGGAAUAAACUUAUGUAAUGAAGGAUAGUAUGAAUAAGCUUUGGUUGAAUUCAAUACAUCAAUAAGUUUGAUUAAUGAUAAUUCAGUUAUGUAUCUGAUUUUAAUUAUAAUUAAAAUACAUAGUUUAAAUAAAGAUGGAGAAGCUAUUGAGUUUUUUGAGAAAGCAGUAAAAAUAAAUCCUACCAAUGCCGAAAUUCAUUAUACUAUGGGUAAAAUGAAAAUUUAUAAACUAAGGGUUGUCGUUACAAAGUUUAAAUAAACAUGGAGAAGCUAUUGAGUUUUUUGAGAAAGCAGUAAAAAUAAAUCCUACCAAUGCCGAAAUUCAUUAUAAUAUGGGUAAAACUUAAAUUUAAAAUUAAGGGUUGUCGUUACAUAUUUUAAAGAAAUAUGGAGAAGCUACUGAGUGUUUUUAGAAGGCAGUGUAAAUAAAUCCUACCAAUGCCGAAAUUCAUUAUAAUAUGGGUAAAAUGAAAAUUUAUAACUUAAGGGUUGUCGUUACAAAGUUUAAAUAAACAUGGAGAAGCUAUUAAGUUUUUUAAGAAAGCAGUGAAAAUAAAUCCUACCAAUGCCGAAAUUCAUUAUAAUAUGGGUAAAAUGAAAAUUUAUAUAUUAAGGGUUGUCGUUACAAAGUUUAAAUAAACAUGGAGAAGCUAUUGAGUUUUUUGAGAAAGCAGUGAAAAUAAAUCCUACCAAUGCCGAAAUUCAUUAUAAUAUGGGUAAAAUGAAAAUUUAUAACUUAAGGGUUGUUGUUACAUAAUUUAAAGAAAUAUGAAGUUGCUAUUGAAUGUUUUAAUAAAGCAAUUUAAAUCAACCCCAAAAAUGCUUAAUUUCAUAAAAAUAAGGGUAAAAUUUAUCUGUUAUUAAUAACAUUAGGAAUUACCUUAAAUGAAAUAUAGAGAAAAAAAGGAGCAAACAAUUUUUAAAACAAAGCAAAUAAGAUUAAACUAAAAAUACCUCAUUUUAUAAUAACAUCAAUAUUAGUGGUUUUUAUUUUUUUUGUGGUUAUUUACACUUUUUCUGGUAAAAAUUAUCAGUCAUAUUAUUAGACAACGCAAAAAAAAAUGAAUAUGCAAUUUAAUUUUAUAACAUAGCCUUGCGUAUAUACCCUAAUUAUUUCUAAGCCUAAAUGAAUAAAGGUAAAACAUUUAUUUUAUAUCCAAACAUUAGGGCUUUCCUUACACAGUUUAGGUAAAUAUGAUGAAGCUAUUGAGUGUUUUGACAAAGCAUUACACAAAUAUCCCGACAAUGCUGAAAGUAAUUUUAUUAUGGGUAAAACUAAUAUGCAUAAUUUAAGGGAUGUCGUUACAAAGUUUAUAGAAAUUUGGAGAAGCUAUUGAGUUUUUUGAAAAAGCAGUAAAAAUAAAUGAUGACAAUGCUGAAUAUCAUUAUAAUAUGGGUAAAACUUAAAUUUAUAACUUAAGGGUUAUCGUUACAUAGUUUAAAGAAAUAUGAUGAAGCUAUUGAGUGUUUUAAGAAGGCAGUGUAAAGAAAUCCUAACAAUGCAGAAAUUCUUAAUAAUUUGGGUAAAACUAAAAUUUAUAACUUAAGGGUUAUCGUUAAAAAGUUUAUAGAAAUUUGGAGAAGCUAUUGAGUUUUUUGAAAAAGCAGUAAAAAUAAAUGAUGACAAUGCUGAAUAUCAUUAUAAUAUGGGUAAAACUUAAAUUUAUAACUUAAGGGUUAUCGUUAAAAAGUUUAAAUAAAUUUGGAGAAGCUAUUUGGUUUUUUGAAAAAGCAGUAAAAAUUAAUGAUGACAAUGCUGAAAUUCUUAAUAAUUUGGGUAAAACUAAAAUCUAUAACUUAAGGGUUAUCGUUACAAAGUUUAAAUAAACAUGGAAAAGCUAUUGAGUUUUUUGAGAAAGCAGUAAAAAUUAAUGAUAACAAUGCUGAAUAUCAUUAUAAUAUGGGUAAAACUUAAAUUUAUUACUUAAAGGGUUGUCGUUAAAAAGUUUAAAUAAAUUUGGAGAAGCUAUUUGGUUUUUUGAAAAAGCAGUAAAAAUUAAUGAUGACAAUGCUGAAUAUCAUUAUAAUAUGGGUAAAACUUAAAAUUAUAACUUAAGGGUUAUCGUUACAAAGUUUAAAUAAACAUGGAAAAGCUAUUGAGUUUUUUGAGAAAGCAGUAAAAAUAAAUCCUGACAAUGCUGAAUAUCAUUAUAAUAUGGGUAAAACUUAAAUUUAUUACUUAAGGUUUGUCGUUACAAAGUUUAAAUAAAUUUGGAGAAGCUAUUGAGUAUUUUAAGAAAGCAGUGAAAAUAAAUCCUACCAAUGCCGAAAUUCAUUAUAAUAUGGGUAAAACUUAAAUUUAUUACUUAAAGGGUUGUCGUUACAAAGUUUAAAGAAAUAUGGAGAAGCUACUGAAUGUUUUUAGAAGGCAGUGUAAAUAAAUCCUACCAAUGCCAAAAUUCAUUAUAAUAUGGGUAAAAUUAAAAUUUAUAACUUAAGGGUUAUCGUUACAAAGUUUAAAUAAACAUGGAAAAGCUAUUGAGUUUUUUGAGAAAGCAGUAAAAAUAAAUCCUGACAAUGCUGAAUAUCAUUAUAAUAUGGGUAAAACUUAAAUUUAUUACUUAAAGGGUUGUCGUUACAAAGUUUAAAUAAACAUGGAAAAGCUAUUGAGUUUUUUGAAAAAGCAGUAAAAAUAAAUCCUGACAAUGCUGAAAUUCAUUAUAAUAUGGGUAAAAUGAAAAUUUAUAACUUAAGGUUUGUCGUUACAAAGUUUAAAUAAAUUUGGAUAAGCUAUUAGGUUUUUUGAGAAAGCAGUAAAAAUAAAUCCUGACAAUGCUGAAUAUUACUAUAAUAUGGGUAAAACUAAAAUUUAUUACUCAAAGGGUUCUCGUUACAAAGUUUAAAUAACCAUGGAAAAGCUAUUGAGUUUUUUUAGAAAGCAGUAAAAAUAAAUCCUGACAAUGCUGAAAUUCAUUAUAAUAUGGGUAAUAUUAAAAUUUAUAACUUAAGGGUUAUCAUUACAUAUUUUAAAGAAAUAUGGAGAAGCUACUGAAUGUUUUUAGAAGGCAUUGUAAAUAAAUCCUACCAAUGCCAAAAUUCAUUAUAAUAUGGGUAAAAUUAAAAUUUAUAACUUAAGGGUUAUCGUUACAAAGUUUAAAUAAACAUGGAAAAGCUAUUGAGUUUUUUGAGAAAGCAGUAAAAAUAAAUCCUGACAAUGCUGAAAUUCAUUAUAAUAUGGGUAAUAUUAAAAUUUAUAACUUAAGGGUUAUCGUUACAUAUUUUAAAGAAAUAUGGAGAAGCUACUGAAUGUUUUUAGAAGGCAGUGUAAAUAAAUCCUACCAAUGCCAAAAUUCAUUAUAAUAUGGGUAAAAUUAAAAUUUAUAACUUAAGGGUUAUCGUUACAUAUUUUAAAGAAAUAUGGAGAAGCUACUGAGUGUUUUUAGAAGGCAGUGUAAAUAAAUCCUACCAAUGCCGAAAUUUAUUAUAAUAUGGGUAAAAUGAAAAUUUAUAACUUAAGGUUUGUCGUUACAAAGUUUAAAUAAAUUUGGAGAAGCUAUUGAGUAUUUUAAGAAAGCAGUGAAAAUAAAUCCUACCAAUGCCGAAAUUCAUUAUAAUAUGGGUAAAAUGAAAAUUUAUAACUUAAGGUUUGUCGUUACAAAGUUUAAAUAAAUUUGGAGAAGCUAUUCAGUUUUUUGAAAAAGCAGUAAAAAUAAAUCCUGACAAUGCUGAAUAUCAUUAUAAUAUGGGUAAAACUUAAAUUUAUAACUUAAGGGUUAUCGUUACAAAGUUUAAAUAAACAUGGAGAAGCUAUUGAGUUUUUUAAGAAAGCAGUAAAAAUACAUCCUAACAAUGCCGUAUAUCAUUAUUAAAUGGGUACAAUUAAAAUUUUUAACUUAAGGGUUAUCAUUACAUAUUCUAAAGAAAUAUGGAGAAGCUACUGAGUGUUUUUAGAAGACAGUUUAAAUAAAUCCUAACAAUGCUGAAAUUCUUAAUAAUAUGGGUAGAAUUAUUAUUUAUUCAUAUCAUUAGGGAAUUCCUUAUAUUGUUUAAAAAGAUUUGAAGAGGCUAUUGAAAGGUAUAAUUAAGCAUUAAAAAUAAACCCCAAUUUUACAAAAGCUAUUGAUAAUAAAAAAACAGCUGAAAGUUACUCGGCAUUUGUUUGGAUUUAUUUUAGAUGUUGA